AUGACUAUUCAAGCAAAUUGUGAAAUAACUCAAUCUCAAAUUAGUUGUUUAACUGAAUCUACUAAAGAAAGAAAAGAAUUUAAUUAUUGUGAUUCUGGAAGAAGAAAACAUGUUACUUAUGGACUUGCCAUUGGAUAUCCUUUUGCUGUUUUAUGUUUAGCUGCUGUAAAUCUUGGACUUGGAAGAAGAAUUCCAAUUAUCAAUAUUUUCUUAUCACCCUUUGUUUUCGCAUCAUUAGUUGUUAUGUGUGAUAGAAUUAUUUGUAAAAAAAAUGAUUUUGAAGUUAUUGUAUCAUCAGGGAUUUUUGUUUCAGCUUUGUUAUUAGAAUUAAUUAUAAUAUUUAUAACACGUAUCUUUUAUAGAGACACAGAUUUUUAUAACAGAGUAUUUGCUGCACAUAGUAUUUUAAUGGAAUUAUGGAAUGGAAAUUUCAAUCACAAUCUCCCUGAUAUUUUGAAUAGAUAUAUCUCUGGAAAACCAGAAGGAAAUGUUUAUGGAGAAUCUUAUCAUUAUAUAAGUAAAAUAUUAAAUAAAAAAUCUAAUGGUGAAUAUCAACAAAUUGAUGAAGAAGAUACUGAUUAUUCAAAACUACUUACAAAAACUACUUUUAAAACAACUCAAAGAAUUUCUUAUAAAAGUUGGGAAAAAAAUACUACUAAAUUACCUAAAUUACCUACUAAUUCAAUGUUAAGAGUUACAAUUGAAGAAGGUAUUAGACUUUCUCCAGGUACAGUUCAAGCUCAAAAUGAAGUAUAUGAUAAAAUUACUUCAAUUUGUAAAAACAAAGAUACAAAUUAUAGUGUUACAAUAAAUUGGGAAACACCAUUUAUUUAUAAAAACUUUUAUGUAGUGCAAAGUAGAUUCUUAGAUUUCUUAUUAAGUUGGAAAAUCUUUGGACUUCUGUAUGUAUUUUCAAUGGCAGUUGGAUUAAAUUUAUUGGUGGAUUGUAUUUGGAGAUUCCUUGAAACACCAUUUAAAUUCAGAAUGGAAAAAACAGUUUCUGUAGACAAUGAUUUACCAAUGAAAUGGUAA